UUGUCGUGUUAAACCAAAGUGCCGCUCACGUGUAUCUUUUCUAAUGUUAAUAAUAGAAACAGUUAAAACGAGGCUGCAGCUCGACCACUCCCCCAAACCCAGACCUGAGUCCUCCGGUCCCUGUCCACGUUCCUCCGGCUCGGUGAACGUUGGCGUAUUGAUACCGGGCUGCGUGCGGAGGGUGACCGGUGAUAAUCCUCUUAGCAGCAGCAGCAGCAGCAGAAACUGAUCCGCGCUCCAGCCCCGACGCGCGCUGCGUCCUUGUAGCUCCACGAAGCCCGAGUCAGCAGCUCCGCGCCCGUUACGCGCAGCUGGAGGGACGGAGCGGUGCCGCGCGGCCACAGGCGGAAGCUGCCAGCAGUGAAAGAUGAAACGCACAGUGUGCAGGUGUGUGUGUCUCCUCUCUGCCAGCCGCCUCCUCUCGUCUCCCCGGUCCAUCGAGGACCAUCAGUGAUGCAUCUGACGUAGCUUCCUGUCUGGAGUCCAGACCACGAGGAAGAUGAACGUGCGCUCGCCUCCGAGGAGGAGGCUUCGGCGCGGCCGCCUCCUCUUCUUCUUCUCAGGCCUCCUGCUGUGUUUGAUCUACAGUCUGACUCUGAAGGCCCGGCUGUCGGAGCUGAGCGGCUCCUCGCAGGCGCAGGGCGCUCUGGGAGCAGAGGGAGGCGAUGGGGAUGUGGUGGAGGUCAGCGUUCGGGAGGUGAUGGCUUCCAAUGAGACGCAGGAGGAGGUGCUCUCCCCCGAGGGCAGCGAACCUCCUCCGGUGAUGAUCGUCAACAGGACAGACAUCGAACAGUGUAUCUACGUAGAACCUCAACCCCCCAAACCUCCUCCCCCGACUCCACCGCCUCCCAACACCACGGCUCCCCCGCCCCAGGCCCCUGGCAGGAAGGGCGAUUACCCCGAGGACCUCUUCUCAGUGGAGCAGCGGCGACAGGGCUGGGUGCUCCUGCACAUCAUGGGCAUGAUCUACAUGUUUGUCGCCCUGGCCAUCGUCUGCGAUGAGUUCUUCGUUCCUGCGCUGGAGGUCAUCACCGUCAACCUGCAGAUCUCUGACGAUGUGGCCGGGGCCACCUUCAUGGCGGCGGGAGGCUCCGCCCCCGAGCUCUUCACCUCCCUGAUCGGCGUCUUCGUGUCCCACAGCAACGUGGGCAUCGGCACCAUCGUGGGCUCGGCCGUCUUCAACAUCCUCUUCGUGAUCGGCAUGUGUGCCAUCUUCUCCCGGGAGAUGCUGCACCUCACCUGGUGGCCCCUGUUCCGAGACGUGACCUUCUACAUCCUGGACCUCAUUAUGCUCAUCGUCUUCUUCCUGGACAGCAUGAUCAUGUGGUGGGAGAGCCUCCUGCUGGUGCUCGGCUACGUCAGCUACGUCUGCUUCAUGAAGGUCAACAGUCAGAUCGAGCAGGCGGUCAAGACCCAGCUCCACAAGCACAUGAGCAUCGUGAAGGUGUGGACGGCCGAGGGAUCAGAGAAGGAGAGUGAUGCUACACAACCUCCUCCUGCUCCUCCUGCUCUUGCUCCUCCUCCUGCUGCUGCUCCGUCAGCUGCACCACCGGCUGAAGAAAAACCCAAACCAGCUCCUGAGCCUCCUCCUCCUCCUGCUCCUCCGAGCGGCCCUCAACUCCACAAGCAGCCGUCAGAAUCGAGACUUAGGCUCCGUCCCGUCCUGCAGCGGGGGGGCAGCUCGGCCUCGCUCCACAACACCUCCCUGCGCAGCACCAUCUUCCAGCUGAUGAUCCACACGCUCGACCCUCUGGGAGAAGAUGAUGAACACAAGUCAAAGUCUGAACCGGCCGCCGCUGCUGCUGGUCCACCAGGGGGCGCUGCAGCCGAGCCGUCCACCUCACAGCCUCCAAAGGCAGAAGAGACAAGCGACCAACCGGAUGAGUCCAAGGCGGCGGCAGCCUCAGCGGACGACUCGGACGGCAGCGCUGAGGACGACAGCCGGGACGAGGACAGCGGCGACUCGGCUGAGAGUGAAGACGAGGGCGACAGGAAGGAGGAAGAGGAGGAAGAGGAGGAGGAGGAGAACGAGCCUCUGUCUUUAGCGUGGCCUGACACCAGAAGCAAGCAGGCCACCUAUCUGUUCCUGCUGCCCAUCGUGUUCCCGCUGUGGCUCACGCUGCCCGACGUCCGCAACCCGGCGUCCAGGAGAUAUUUCGUGGGGACGUUCAUCGGCUGCAUCCUGUGGAUCGGUGUCUUCUCCUACCUGAUGGUGUGGUGGGCUCAUCAGGUGGGCGAGACCGUGGGCAUCUCGGAGGAGAUCAUGGGCCUGACCAUCCUGGCGGCCGGGACGUCCAUCCCCGACCUGAUCACCAGUGUCAUCGUGGCCCGGAAAGGUCUGGGAGACAUGGCCGUGUCCAGCUCCGUGGGCAGCAACAUCUUCGACAUCACCGUCGGUCUGCCCGUCCCCUGGCUCAUGUUCACGCUGCUCCACAACGGCCAGCCCAUCGCCGUCAGCUCCAAUGGCUUGUUCUGCGCCAUCGUGCUGCUCUUCCUCAUGCUCCUCUUCGUCAUCAUCUCCAUCGCCGUGUGCCGCUGGAAGAUGACCCGCACGCUGGGCCUCACCAUGUUCGCGCUGUACUUCGUGUUCCUGGUCCUCAGCGUCCUGCUGGAGAACCGGGUCCUCGUCUGCCCGGUUUCAAUCUGAGCCGCCGGGGAAACCUCAGCCAGAGGGGAUCAGUACUGUAGAUCCAACCAGACCUGGUCUCAAAGGCAGCCCAGUAGAGACCCAGUAGAGACCCAGUAGAGACCCAGUAGAGACACGAGCAACGUUAAAGGAUAAAUCCUCCUCCAGGGAUUCAUCUGCAGCUGCUUUGUCCUGAGUCACUUUGUGUAGACCUACAUUCUGCUGUGGAGAGAUUAGUGUUUAUCACCAGAAGCUCUGGAACAGCCUCACGUUUCCUAGAUGACUUCUUCGUCUUCUACGUGUACGGCUCCUCUUCUUCAUCCUGACGUAUUUGUGUUCUUCUAGCUCAGUGAUUCUCAAAUGGGGGUACGCGUACCCCUGGGGGUACUUGAAGGUACUCCAGGGGGUACUUGGGAUUUUUUUUCUUUAUAUUUAAAAUUAGCAUCCAUUCAAAAAUCCUUGAAAAAUUGUUACUUAACAAAUAUUCAAUAUAACAUAAGUGUAAGUUUAUGAACUAAAUUUUAUAUUCAGUAGGCUUUUCAAUUUAAUUAUCCUUAAAAAACAGAGUCUCCCCCAUACCGAUGGUUUGACCCAACCUGGCACACGCCACCUGUCAUCACCUAUCAUCACCUGCCUUGAAAACUUCAACAAUGGAGUCGAGUUGAAGUGCAGCAGCAAUACUGCUGAAACACGGAGGGACAAGUACCAAAGAAGGCGAAACCAGAGCAGAGAGCCUUCCCUAAACAACACCGUGAGAGCUUGUGCCUCUUCGGAGGGGCGCUAAAACGUAAAAGUUUUCCGUUGUGAAGUUAAUGAUUCAUAACAAGAAGUCCGCGUCUCUACCGGUACCCUUUCAAAAUAAAAGCAUGUAAUAUAAAAGCGGAAAUGAAAUUGUCUGACCUUAAAGCGAACAAAUAUUUCACAAUAAAAUAACAGAAAGACACUUCAAUAAUAUUAACAUUAACAUAGAUUGGGUUAUUUACACUUUAUGUUUUUUCUGUGGGGAGAGAUUAGCCAGCAGUGGCAUUAAGCCACCACAUCUU